AUGUCGCUCACUGGAAUACUACUUGACGUUUCUGGUUCUAUGCAGAGGAACAUUGGAAGCGGUACUGAUGAAGAAGGCGGAUCAUGGGUGCAGUCUAUAUUCAAUGUUAUCGAUGACCUUAUUGAACAUGAUCUUACAUCUGAGAAUCGUGUUUUUGCAAUAGGCGUCGGUGCUGAAUGUCCCGGCAAAGAAAUAUUUGAUGUUAUUGCAACUCUUCAGCAAUUUGAAAACACGAACAUGCCUGUAACUGAAGACCACAUCAACGAGAUCCUUGAUAUUCUCGAGAGAAACGGUGCACGCAACAUACGUAAUUGGGCCUGCAAUGUUAAACUGAUUCAAGAUGUACUAUCUGAAUAUAUGGCAACAUUGACUCUGCGAGAAUUUGAGUCGGACGAACAUUUUGUCAAAAAAUUUAUGGACCACUUUUUACCACCCGGUUUUCAAGACACAGUACCUACAGCACCUCUUGCUGGCGGCGUGCUAUCUGGUCUAAAAAAAGUAGCCAACAUAGCAGAGAAUGCUACUGUAUGGACAGCUAGUUGUUUCAGAUCAGCUACGAGAGAGGAUAUCGAAGAAGUUGUAAAAAGGCAAAAUGCUAUUUAGAAGAUGGCUCUCGCAUUUUAAAAGACGUAGGGACCCACUCAAUAUUCACUGUGCAAGAUGCCUCUCGCAUUAUUAUUCGAGGAUGCGUCGGUGAAAAGGAACUUAACGAACUUUCUAACGAGCGGAAGCAAGAAUUACUUGAGAACGUCAAACUUUUCAUUUACGGCAAAACGCCGUUGUAUGAAUCUCUCGAAAAGGCAAUAAAACUUUUCGAAGAAGACACUUCUGGAAACAAAUUGCUUUUCGUUCUAUCAGAUGGAGAGCCUACAGACGGCAGUAAUGAAGAUAUCCACAAGAUCAACAAAAUUACCUCCAAACUAAGAGAAGCAGGCGUCAAAAUAGUGUCUUGUUUAGUUAGUGGAUCCACAAAUAUCCAUCCAAAACGUUUGUACGAUACAAUGCCACCUGGUUGGGAACCUGGAGCCAAGUUUCUGUUUUCGUUGAGCUCUGAAGUACGAACACAGGAUCUAGUGGCACGAGCCGUUUUGGUCAAACGUGGUUGGACGAUCGACAUCGCCAAAAAUGAAACAAAGUUGUUCAUGCAAGUCAAUCAUCCAGACAACUUAAGGUAUUAUAGUUCAACAAGGCCUCUUUUACGAAAUUAAUAGUGAGAAGAGGGGGGGGGGGGCAAAAUUAAAAUCUAAAAGAUUUCUUUCAUCCAUAUAAAACGCUUGUUUGUCCCGCCUGCAUGGGGACAUUAACAAAAAAGGGGGCUCUUGACUAGGCGGCGUUAACGGGCAUGGUAUGACUUGAUAGGGAAUCUAGAGAUUCUACUCCAGAAAAACCUGUCCAAAAAUGGCCCGAAAACCGGUUGAUAAUAUCUGCAGUUAAAUUUUUUCUGUAUACCGAUGUUGGAAAUUUCUCACACCAAACAUACGAUUAUUAAGGUGAAAGACAUAGAAUUAUAUUCAGAAAACAAAGGCAUUAAGUUUUGCGAGCAUCAAUACACCCUUCCGAAGUUAUUCUUUCCUAAAAACGGGCCGUCGCGGGGGUCGGGACUAAAAUAGUUUAACAAAAUGGGGGGACUAGCUUAAUGGCUGAUAAACGAUACGAUAUGGGUGUUUUGGCAAAAUUCUAACUUCUAUGGAAUUGCUUUUAGGGAAGCAUGCGAAGUGGCUAGAAAUGUCGUAUGUAGUUCAGAUGCGCUAUCUGAACUGUUGGUAUCUGUUGACCUCGACAUAUACAUCAACCGAAUCACGAGCGCUUUCAGAGCGAAGGAUCAAAGAGAAGAGUGUACCUGCUAUGCCUUUGCAUCCGCUGUUGUGCUCCAUUUGGCAAUGCAUCGAGUUCAUGGUCUAGAAGAAGGAUGUCCCAGUUUUGAUGAGUUAAAAGAUGAAAUAAUCGAUGCCUAUGGAAAAAUGGGCGCUGAUACUAGCCAAGUUUUGGAGAAAAUGUGCCGAAGUAUCGGUUACACUGCCGCAAAGUCUGCAUCAAGGGAGCGAAGCAAGCCAUUGUCAGAAAACGUCCCGUGGUGGCAAGAUUUCGUCUCACAGACAAACAAUGGGAUGCUUUUGGCAACUUCUACGACACAAAUCCAACAGGUAUACUCACGCAAAAUGAACUUGAUGUUCGUGAGUGUCCUACAAGUCCUCCGCCCCGCACUUUUGGUUAUGCUGUCGUUUUGACCAGUUACAACAGCAAGUGUCUAACCUUCAUGAAUUCCUGGGGAGAAGAAUGGGCCAACAAUGGAUUCUUCAGAGUGAAAAAUGCCGACGUGCUUGGUGAUCAGCUAGAAUUCUUCGAUGUGGAUGACCUAUCUGAAGGAGAGAAAGAGCAUUGCCAUCAACAUGGAUCUGAGGUAGCUACAAAGUUGAUGAAAUCGCUGAAAGGCUUGCAAAAAGCGGAAUACAUCUGCCCAGAAUGUCAGCAAACAUCGUUGGUUACUGAAUUUACUGGAACGCUGUCGAAAGUUCAAUGUCCGAAAUGUUUGCGUGAAUUUUCAACCAGUGCUAACGCGGGGAACAUUCUGGCUCUGAAUGUGUACUUGACAUCUUUGAGCAGAUAA